UGGCAGCUGUGUAGCGGUUGAGCCCUUCCAAGCUUCCCCCUAAUGCGUGCCAGCAGCCCCAACCUACGAGAAGAAGGAAAUUGUAGACUUCCUUUGGGGCUUUGAAUCAGCAGGCCAAGCCAUUGGGAGUUUCAUCCCCGUCUUUACAGUGUCUGCUGGGGAUCGCAAGGCUGUUGAAGAUACACCCCCUUCAUCCUCCUCGCAUAAUGAUAGGCAGAUAAUGUCAGUCUUUGGUCUUGCAGCCAUUUGGGGGAAUGGCCUCUGAAGAGCCAACUGCCUCAGACAGAGAGAAGAGACGACCUGUGGUGGAUGUCAGUGGAGAUCUGACCAGUUCCAUCUACUGGCCAACACGAUCCUGGACAAAAAGUUCUGGAAAUUCAUGGGAUUCUACCUCUUCAGAGGGUCUCCAUGUCUCUCCUGAUGGACCUUCUACACGUCCUCAAUCAGCUUUUGCUGAUUUACCUCAGGACCCAGAAACCUCCUCUCUGAAACCAGUCCGACGAUUCAUUCCACCAUCUUGGAAGAACUUUUUUCACAAGUGGUGGAGGAAACCUUGGUUGGAGCCAACUUAUGUAAACUACUAUACAGAAGGUGAGAAGAGUUCCCUGCCAUUAUCUCCGCUUUUCAACCAUCCCCAGAAGAUCAUCUCUGAUAGAGAAGAGCUCCCCAAUGAUGAAGAUGACAGUGAUUUCAAAAAGCCACCUUCAGCCUCUAUCGGUUUUUCAAGGUAUGAGAAGACGUUGCUGACCCCAAGUCAGGGUGAACUGUCAACAGGCCCACCAAGCUAUAAGGAGAAGCUGGAGGCCUAUGACUAUAAAUAUUCUUACAUGAAAUCUUGGCCAGGUCUGCUUCGGUUGUUGGGAGGUCUAGAACUCAUCUUGGGGGGGAUGGUUUUUGCUUGUACGGCUGCCUAUAUCCAGAAGGACUAUCAAUGGUCUCAACUAUAUGGCGGUAAUCUUCUCUCCAAUGGUAUCAUCGGGGGAGGAUAUGGAUACAACUACUUUGGUCCGAUGACUCCCUUUGUGUUGGUGGUGGCUAGUCUGACCUGGCUGGUGACAGUGAUCCUGCUAGGCCUGGGAGUGACCAUGUACUACAGGACAAUCCUCCUCAACUCACACUGGUGGCCUUUGACAGAGUUUGGCCUGAACCUCCUCAUGUUUCUGCUCUACAUGGCAGCUGCCAUUGCUUAUGUCAAUGACGUCAACCGUGGAGGACUGUGCUACUCCAUCUUCGCCAACAACCCACUCAUUGUGGCUUUGUGCCGGGUUGAAGGGGGUCAAAUGGCGGCCAUUGCUUUCCUCUUUAUCACCAUGUUACUUUAUCUGACUGGAUCCCUCGUCUGUCUUAAGAUGUGGAGGCAUGAGGCUGCCCGGAAGAAGGUGGCUCUGUUAAGACUCCGGGAGGCAUCUCAUGAGGAUAGAACAAGGGCAUACACAUCCAAGCAAAAGCCAGCCCCGCUGCAAGCUGUGCCCAAGCAGGCUGUGUCCGGGAAUGAAGUUCAGCCGUCCAGAAAGGUCACCAGGCGAGUUGAGUUUUCAGAGAAGGGCGAGGAGGAUCCCACAAUGCUCAACUACAGCAUCCCGACAGGCCAUCACCCCAAACCACAUGUCAUCCCAGAUUAUGUUAUGAAGUAUCCACCAAUCAGAUGCACAACUGAUCAGGAGAAAUACAAAGCCGUCUUCAAGGACCAAUACGCUGAGUACAGGGAGCUGUACCAGGAAGUCAGAGUCACCCGGCAGAAGCUGAAGGAGUUGGGGGAAAUGCUGGAGAAGUUGCCCCACACCUAUGAGAAUAAGAAGGACCAGAGCAGGGUUUCCACCGUGCGGAAAGAAUACGAGGACAAGAAGAAGGAUCCUGCCUUCCUGGAGAAGCAGGAACGCUGCGAUUAUCUGAAAAGGAAGCUCACGCACAUCAAGGCCCAGAUCCAAGCAUUCGACAGCGAGGCUGAAGAAGGCUCUGUGCACUUCUGAGAGAGCUCUGGACGUGACCCUCCUGGCCUUGUGCAAUAGACUUGACUUUCUGCAGUGCAAACUGAUCAUUGGCUCAGGUUUGGGGAGGGGGUUGUUGAUGAAGGAGGGACAGGCAAGAGAGACAUGAACCCCCAUAUGGAAAUCUCUGAUCAGGAGGAAGGAGACAACAGCCAUUUAUGCACUUGUGGCCUCCUUUGCAUUGAACAUUCAUGCCCUUUGGGUUGGAUUCUCGGAUAUGCACAGAUUCCCUUCCUCCUGAACUCACCAUGCCUCAGAUCAGAGAAUCCCCACAAUUUCUGAAAGUUCUGAAAGUGCAACUUUGCCUCUACCUUCACAGGGACACCAAAGGGAAUCAACAUGUGUUUCAUUUUGCUCAGGUUUUCUCACUCCUCCUGGCUUUCAGUACCCA